AUGAAACCCAACAGCUUCUUGGUCCUGGCAGUGUUCCUUUUCCUGGGGAUCCUGGUGGCACAGGCAGCCGUCAGCAGUGUUCCUCCUAAAGGGCAAGGUCGUGUUCCGGUCAAAGGACAAGAUCCCGUUAGAGCUCAAGAUCCAGUCAAAGCCAAAGUUCCCGUGUCCACUAAGCCUGGCUCCUGCCCCCGCAUUCUGAUCCAGUGCGCCAUGUUGAACCCCCCGAACCGCUGUCUGAGAGACACCCAGUGCCCAGGGGCCAAGAAGUGCUGUAAGGGCGCUUGUGGGCUGGCCUGCUUGGAUCCCCAGUGA